AUGGACAUGGAAUGGAGUCAAAUGAAUAAACAAGAGAGCAACAAUCUUGAUGGUAACAAUGGUGUAUUCAUGGCUAUGGACCAAUUCUUCCCUCUCCAAGAAGACGACAACAUUGAUCACACUUACUCGUCUUUGGUGGAUCUCAUCUCUCAACCGCCUCCAUUGCUUCACCAACCACCACAACCGUCGUCAUCUCCUACUCCGUUGUUCUCCUCAUCUUUCGACUAUCCUUUUCUUGAGACGUUACAAGAUGUCAUAGAAUCUCCUUGUUAUCCUCCAUUGAGGCUUUCAGCUUCUGGAGAAGGCAACACCAUUGAAAAUUCUUCACCAUUAGUGAUAGAAGAAAGCAAAAGCUUCAUGAGAGAGACGGACAAGAAGAAGAGUAUUAAGAAGGUUGAAGGUCAACCCUCGAAGAACCUCAUGGCGGAGAGACGGCGGAGGAAGCGGUUAAAUGAUCGUCUCUCCAUGCUCAGAUCCAUUGUCCCCAAAAUCACCAAGAUGGAUAGGACAUCAAUACUAGGAGAUGCCAUAGAUUACAUGAAGGAGCUUUUGGACAAGAUUAACAAGUUGCAAGAACUUGGAAGCAACUGUCAUCUCAAGAACAAUCUCACUACAAACCAAUCUAUUGUCAGAAACUCCCCCAAGUUUGAAGUGAAUCAAAGAGAAGUUAAUACACACAUAGAUAUAUGUUGUUCUUCAAGACCGGGGUUGCUUCUAUCAACGGUUGGUACAUUAGAGAUCAAUCUAGGCUUGGAGAUUCAACAAUGUGUCAUUAGCUGCUUCAAUGACUUUUCAUUACAGGCUUCUUGUUCAGAGGUUGCUGGGCAGAGAGACUGCAUUACUUCGGAAGAUAUAAGGCAAGCACUGCUCAACAACGCGGGUUAUGGAGGAAGAUGUUCCUAG